GAAGCUAGAAGAGAAAGAGAGAGUGAGAUAUCCAUUGUCGAGUUUCUCCUCAGAACAGUAUUCCUUCUCCGUUCGACUCGUGUUACUCUCGUGUAGACCGGAGGGACGGUUUUUCUUUAUUAUUUUGGAAGGGAGCGAGCGAGAAGGAAGAGUCUUCUGUAGAGGAGGAAAGCAGUACCUGGUCGAGUCGAGCGAAAGUAGAAAGAGCAGUACGUUCAGCUACCUGUGUAGUUAUUUACCUGGCUCCGAUGUAUUCGGAAUGGUUAAUACGUGUGAUCGGUAACGAAGUGUGGGGACUGAAAAACUGUUUGUAAAGAAUUAACCGUCAAAAAGCCCCCAACCAGUCGGCAUUUGCUAUGCCAGUCGUCGCGUUCGUCGGGUACCAUCAGCACCAUCGGGCAUCAUCAUCAACAUCAUCAAGAAAAACACCGCAGAAGAGGAAUCGCGUUUCCAUUAAUCGUCAACCGAAAAGUAGCAACAACAAUUAAACACGACUCGUAUACCUCUAUCAUCCUCCGAAGAAUUCCAUCAAGGUUAACCGGUAUCCGGCAAGAAAGUGACCGCACACACCGGUAGUUUGCCGCGACAACUCUUCAUCUCUCCGAUCGAAGUUUUUAACUCUUGGAUUAUUUUAUUCAUCUGUGCUUCUGUGAGUGCACGUUCCAGUGUAUUUGUAUUUGUGUCUGUGUGGUUUUCCAUCUGAGAUGCCCUUAAGUUGCAUCAAUUCUUCGGACAUCUGGCAACCCUAAAGCUGCAUCUGCCUUAAAGAGGCUCGCGACAUCUGCGCUUUUCUUCUCUCCUCUUCUCCUCUUCGGCCCAUGCGAAGCGAACAUUUCUCUUGCGGAUUCACGCUAUAAAUAUUUAUACAUACACACAAAAAAAAACAACUACCUCAGGGUACUUCUACACUUCUUCGCGGUGGUGAUUCUUCUCGUUGAUUCGCAACAAGUCAUUCUAGUGCAAUGGGUAACCAUCCAUCCAAUCACCAGCCUUUGGAGAGAGCCGUAACAGGCAAAUUCGGAGAUGUUCAUACGAGACGAAGCUUACGGUCACCUCGUAAAAUGGACAGACUGAGGAAAUCGUUCAGGGACUCGUUUAGGAGACGCAAGGAGAGAGUUCCUGAAAGUUCGAAGCCUCACCAAUGGCAAGAAGAUGAGUCUGCUGUGAGACAAGCAGCUUGUGCUUUCGCAGUAAAAUAUUUGGGUUGCGUCGAGGUCUUCGAGUCGAGGGGAAUGCAGGUGUGCGAGGAGGCCCUAAAAGUGCUGAGGGGUUCUCGGAGAAGGCCUAUAAGGGCGAUGCUGCACGUGAGCGGAGACGGUCUUCGCGUUGUCGAGGACGAGAACAAAGGGCUUAUCGUCGAUCAAACAAUUGAGAAGGUAUCGUUCUGCGCUCCGGAUCGUAACCACGAGCGCGGUUUCUCGUACAUCUGCAGAGACGGCACAACAAGAAGAUGGAUGUGCCAUGGGUUCUUGGCUCUCAGGGAAUCCGGAGAGAGAUUAUCGCAUGCGGUUGGAUGCGCUUUCGCCGUUUGCUUGGAGAAGAAGCAGAAGCGCGACAAGGAGUGCGGAGUAACGAUGAUGUUCGACGCGAAGAAUUCCACGUUUACGAGGAGCGGAUCCUUCAGGCAGCCCGGUUUAACGGAGCGUUUGGAAAGGGCCGUGGAUGUACCAAAAUCCUCAUCGCAGACAGCGAAUCCGAAUCCGUUCGCCAUCGAACGGCCGCACGCCACCCCAAGCAUGUUGGAGCGUCAGAACAGCUUCCGUGGCUUCGGCCAAUUGGGUCAGAGUUCACCGUUCAAGCGUCAAAUGUCUUUGCGGGUGAACGACCUGCCCAGCACCACGGAUCGCCUCAACUCUUACAAGACGAGCAACGGUAAACCAGUAUCGCCGAUUCCAGAGUUGCAGGGCGAUUCGGUGACGGCCCUUUGUCAGCAACUGUCGCAGGGUCUCAGCCAGCUCACGCACAGCGGUUCCGACGACUUCAACUUCAACAGUCAAUCCAGCAUCAACCAAAACAAUCUGUCGAUAUCCAUCACCACCAACACGAACACCUACAGCUCGACGCCGACUCCGCCUGUCUCCAGCAUCACUCCAGUCAGUCUGAACUUCAGCGAAACGUCGACGCGAUCUAUAACGCCCAUCAAAGCAGCGAUCUCGCCGAACUCGAGCGUCGUCUCGAAUGCGAGCCUUCCGAAACCCGAGCAAUGGUUAGGUCAGAUCACAUCGACGAAGAUCGAAGGCUCAUCAUCACCAUCGAAGAGAGCGAACCUCGCUGCACAUUCCAGGGCGAUGUCUUUGGACUCCUCGGAGACGUUGGGCCGGGUUCCCGAUCCCUUCGACGCCGAGUGGGUCUCCGGCGUUGCGCCCCGACCAAACAUCAACAGCACGAAUCCAUUCAUCAGCAAUACCACCAAGCAAGCAUUUCAAAUCCAGCUCUAGUUUCUCAACUCGCACGUCGAAACGAAGACAUAUUUUUUUACACACGAGAUGAGAAAUUGAUUCCAUUGUUUUCUUGCCUGGACUGGAACGUGCAAUUAUGUACAUUACUGUUUUUUUUUUUGUUAUGUUUUCCUUCAGUUUCUUUCUUUCUGGCGAUCCCAAAAGAAAACACACUUGGAUAGUAUUUAUUAUUAUUAUUAUUACUAAAUUACUGAAGAAGUAGAAAGACAUAUUUUGUUAACGCACAGACUAUUAUAAUUAUUCAGACAAAACUUUAAGCAUUAUAGAAAAAAAAUCAUUCAUUAAAACGAUAAUAUAAUCAGAAUCGUCCCUUAAACUAAUUACUUAAUUGCAUUGCGUCCAAGAACACGACGUGCUGACGUGCAGAUUACAGUAUUUCCUUUGAAAAUGAACUUCAAAAACAUUCACUACUUAAAUUGGAUGGAAUUGAUGAGAUUUAGUGACUCUGAUCUGGUCUAGAGUUCUCGAAAUUGGACUUGCAAAACCAUAGAUGAGCUUGAAUAAUGCACAUAGAUUAAUAAUCGAUGUCCGAACAAGUAUAAAAAAA